AUGGCUCAAGAUAAUACCAACUUGGUGCUACAGCGUUUGCAACCUGGUGCUCCUGAGGCUACAUAUUGGGUUUUCCAGACAGUAUCUAUCUGGCGCUCUAGAUAUUAUCUAUCUGAAGAGAAUGGAAAUCAUCUUUCUAUAAGUAGUUGUAGUGACUUUUUUGCUACCAUUACUUUAUUUCUUUUUUUUGUUGUUUUGAUUUUGCUUUCCAUAUCUUCGGCACUCGCCAUUUCUUUUCUCUCUCUCUCUCUCUUCAUAUUGGUAUUUUUCCAUAAACGUCCUGUUUAUUUCUUCGUUUUCCGCAUAUGCGCCUUUUAUUUGGUUAAUUUCUUCUUUCAUUUCUUUCUUUUUUUCUUUCUGCCUUUUUCUUAUUUUGACCUUUUUUGCAUUCCCACAUUUGGUUUUUUUUUUUUUCCUUCCGAACUACUCUUUCUUUUUCUUUCUUUCUUUCUGUCUUUCUUCCUUUCUUUUUGA